AUGUCCAUUGUAAAUUCAUCUAUCCAUGCACAUGAAGAUGACUCCGACAUAACUAUUAUAAAUCCUUCAAUUGUACAUGAACAUAAUGAUGAACAAGUAACAAAUAUUGAAACAAAUAAAAAUCUUAUUAAAAAUGAAAGUAUGGAUGGUAGACAUGAUUAUAUAUUAAUUGAUCAUAAUCCAUAUGCAAAUGCAACACAACUUGAACAAAUUUUAAUAUUUUAUACACGUGAUCUUAAACAAGAAACAAAUACACAAAUUGAUUGUGAUAAACAAUUAAUAAUACGUUUAAUGGAUAUUAUUCGACCAGCAUAUACAAAUGAUGAAAAAAAACUUAAUGAAUUAGAUAAUAUUGUGAAAGAAAUAGCUUCAUUACAUGAUAAACGACAUAUUGAACAAAAAGAAAAAAUUGAGCAAUUCCAUACAGAAAUAUGUCAAUUAAAUAAAAUGUUACUCACAAAAAAUGAAUCAUUAUUAUAUAAUAAUAAUCAAAAUGAUUCAUUGUUUAAUACAGUUCAUGAAAAACAAUCAAUACAUGAUUAUGAUCAAUGGACUGAAAUAGAAGAUGAUGCAAAAAAACUUCAUGAAAUUGUUCAAUCACAAAGAGAUCAAAUUAAUGAAAUUGUUACUUUAAUAACUCAAACAGCGACAGCUUCAACUAGCAUCAAUCCAACUGAUGUUCCUAUUAAUGAUACUGAAACUACCAUAACUGAUAAACCAACAACACCAGAUGUAAGCCAUAAUAUUAUGAAUACUCUUUUAAAAAAAAUUCAAUCUUUAACUGGACACCAUACAUCACAAGAACCGAUUACCGAUGAUGUAUCAGAAAAAAAAACGCUCGAAAAUCAUUCACCUGGUACAUCACCUACUCAAUCAUUGGCUACUUUAACUUUACAAUCAUCUCAAUCAAUAAAUGAUAAUCAAACACAACAAAUUGAAGAAUCACAGAAUAAACAGAUUGAGGAUCCAGAAUUAAAACAUGAAGAACCACAUACACCAACGAAUAUUCCAUCAAUAUCUGUUUCUCCAAAAGAAACAAAAAAAUGUCCUGUUUGUAAUCAUGAAUUUUUAUUAACAACAAAUGAUGAAGAAGUAUAUGAUCAUAUUGAAAAAUGUUUAUUUCCAUCUAGCAUAGGUGUUGAACCAAAAGACUAUGAGUGUCCAUAUUGUAAUCGAAAACUUCCUGGCAAUGAUGAAGUGGCUUAUAUUCAACAUCUAUCGGAUUGUAUUAAUAGAGAUAUACAAAAUAUUUAUUAA